AUGAAUUUUCCCUCGGUGACUUCUACGAAUAAUGUUGGCCCGUACCACUAUGUCCCUACAGAGUGGAUAUGUAUCCUUUUCCUGGUGUUGUAUAGUAUCUCAACUGUCCUCCACUUGGGCCAGGCGGUCAAGUAUAGACUGUGGUGGAUGAUCCCCACCGCGACCUUCGCGGGUAUCCUGGAAAUUCUAGGAUGGAGUGCCAGGUUAUGGUCGAGUCGGAACCCCAAGCUUUUGACGCCUUAUGAGAUGCAAAUCGUCGGCACUAUAAUAGCACCUACUCCGCUUGUCGCAGCCAACUUUAUCAUCCUUGGCAGGGUAAUUACACAAAUCGGACCCCAGUACAGCCGUCUAACCCCAAGGUUAUAUACCAUCGUUUUUUGUUGCUUUGACAUUGUUUGCUUGAUUGUACAAGCUGUGGGAGGCGCAUCCGCUGCGCACGCCGCCAGCACGAAGACAAGCGCUUCGAUGGGCGCGAACAUUAUGCUAGGAGGAAUUGCUGCUCAGCUUUUUGCAAUAGUGGUCUAUGUCGCUUUAGCGGUUGAGACUCUCUUGCGUUUGCAAUAUAAUCGACCCUUCCGCUACGUCGAACAGCGUCGCAUAUCGGAGAAAGGCCCACGUGCUGUAAGUAGGAACUUGCGACUUAUGCUUUGUGGCAUGGCGUUCUGUACCCUUUGCAUAUUUAUUCGAUCGGUGUACCGUACUGUGGAGCUCGCCGAUGGAUGGAAUGGGCCAGUGAUUACGACGGAGCGCUACUUUGACUGGCUCGAUGGUGGCAUGGUGACUCUCGCCAUCUACACUCUCAAUUUCUUUUACCCGGGUAUUUUGGUGAAGAAAGACAAUCCUCUGACUCACGCUUCACAGCAAUCCAUCGACGAGGAAUCUAGUUCGACCAAGACCUAA